AUGAAGGGGAAGAUUGAAUUUCUGGACGUAUCUGAAGCUGUCUGUGUAAAACUCAUUAUGGUGACGAUUGAUCAUAUCUACGAAUAUUAUAAUAUUUUAGCAGAUAAAAAUGAAUCAAAUAACUCACCUGAGGCGCAUGAAUCAUUUCAGAAGUUAAUCGAUGCAACAAAAGCUGGCCCAAAAGAAAAACGUUUGGCAUUACAAUUCAUUGGACGAUUUUGUAAAAAUUUUCCGACAGAAAUGACCAAAGCUUUAGAAGCAAUAUUUGAUUUAUGUGAAGAUGAAGAUAUAACAAUACGUAAACAAGCCAUUAAAGAACUUCCAACAUUGGUUCGUGCCUCCCCAGAAACAUUACCACGCGUUGUUUCAAUUUUAAUACAACUAUUACAAGCUAACGAUGCCACUGAAAUAACGCAGGUUCAAGGUUCAUUAUUAGCUGUUUAUUAUCUGAAUCAGAUAGAAACAGUCUCUGAAAUAUUAAAUGAGAUACAACGUUCGCAGGAAGAUCUUUUGCGAAAACGAGCAUUACGUUUUCUAUGUACACGAAUUGGUGCCUUGGAUGAAAAUGAUUUAUCAAAAGAUGUUGAAGAACAUAUUAUUAAAAAAUCCAAAGAAAUUGCAAACUAUCUCGAUCCUGAAGAAUUUGUUACAGUCAUAAAGCUGUUAUCUGGUUUGAAAUCAAUGCAGACAUUAUUAACACGUCAAGAAUUAGUGAAUAUGAUUACGACUCAAUGUCAUUUAGAAGAAGGAUGGAAUGGUGAAGACACUGAACGAAUUGCUGUUGUAGCAACAUUUAUGAAUCAUGCAGUUCCACUUCUUUCGAAAAACGUUCAUUCGACAAGAUUUGUUACAUUUAUGUUAGAUUAUGUUAUAGAAAAUGUACCGAAAUUAUCAUUAUCAUCCGAUGAUAAGUUAGAUUUAUUUCGUAUAUUAGCUGAAAUGUGUCCAUAUUGUGGUGAAUUUGAAAAUGUAAAAGAACGUUUAGGCAAACUAUUUGAUAUUUUAUUGACAUUUUUACCAAAACCUCAACCAGAAUCGGUAGAACAACAGGCAUCAUCAAUAAAUAAUGAGACCCCCAAUUUUCAGUUUUCAUUUAUCGAAUGUUUAAUGUAUUCAUUACAUCAACUGUCACGAAAAUAUCCCGAUUUUUUAAUAGCUGAUGAAAAUCAAGAAAAAAUGAAAGAUUUUCGUUUAAGAUUAAGAUAUCUUUAUCGUGGUUUAUCAAAUUAUACUAAUCAAUUAAAAGCAGCUAUAGAUAUCAAAUCGGACACAGACGAUCAAGAUGAACAGAAAAAAUCACGUUUAAUUGCAUAUAAAAUUUGUUCAAAUAAUCAAGCCUUGUUAAGAGAUCUUUGUCGAUCUCCACCAUCAUUCAAAACAACUGUCAUCUUGUCAUGGAAACCUAUUGAAGAAUUAAAACGUUCAAUAUCCGAAUCAGAUGGAGCAAAUGGAAACACAAAAGAUAAUAUAUCAAAUAAACGUGUUUCUCGACCUGAACAAGCUGUUUAUAAACCGCCUGGAGGAAAAUUUAGUGGCGAUGCAUCAAACAAUCGUUCAACAUACACAAAUACAAAAAAUCGUCGAGGCUAUUAUCAGCGUUAUUAG